UGCGCACAGAAACGGGGCAGUGACAAGAAGUCUUGAUGAACAGACACACACAUCCAGCAGCUCACCGGUUGCCUCUUCUGUGUGUCGUGCUUACCGCCUUGGUGGCGUGUGUCUGCAGGUCUCCAGCACCCACAGUGACCGGCAGCUGGCAAUUGCCGCAGUGCUCGGCGAGUCUGAGCGUCCCGCCCGCCUCCCGCCAGCCGCCCUCGCCCCCCUCCUCCACCACCCACAUGGCCUUCAUCACAUCGCCGUGGCUCAGCUGAUCGUCGAACUGCACCACACCGCCCACCCCCGCCCGCUCGACGGCCGUCCGCAGGCGAAGGCUGCGGACGAUGGGCCGCACGGCGUUGGUGAAGUGGCGGGCUGUCGAUUUGAAUCGGCCGAUGGUGUUGACGUCAGAGGCUGCGACGAUGAUGCUUAUGGGCUCAGCGGGAAGGUCCGAGAGGUCCGUCGGUGUGGCCUGAUGCCACACAGCAAUGCCAUGCACACGCAAUGCAUCUGGCGGCUCGGUGUGUGUGUCUUGCUUGUGCCUGCCUGUGGUCACACACCUGCACGUGGCCAUCGUUGCUUUGUGUGGCAGAAUUGUUCGGCUCAUCACCUGACAACGACACAGACACACACAAGGCCGGUUGUGUGUGUUGGUGUGCCAUUCUACCUUACGAAUGUGUGUGUCGGCUCACCCUCGUGUGUUGUCUGUGCGAUGACGGUCUCUAUUGUGUGCGCAAGCUCUGCCAGAUGGUCGGACACAGCAGCGAGUUGACGAUUCACCUUGGCCACCACCUGACGAAUGAAUGAACAGAACAAGAGCAACACCAAGCAUAACUUGACAGAGGCCAUUGUGUGGUUCUGUGUGCUGCUUGGCACCCUGCAUGCACCUGUGUUGGCAGCUGAGUGGAGUCCAUCUGUGAGAGCCGUGUGAUCUGUGUGUUUGCCUGCACACAUAUGCCACCACCCCACAAGCAGCACCACAGGCAAGCAACCGACAGGUGAAAGAUGGAUGGACUGCAUAAACGAAUGUGCGAGUUAGCUACCUGUGUCUGAUUCAUCUGAAGGCAUGCUGUGAUCAAAAGCGUGAACUCCCGCUGCGGCAAGAGCUGCUCACGCACACGCAAAGCAACCAUCUGCACCACACACAUGCAGGACAACACAAACGGCACACAGACACGACGAAUGCUAUGAUGCACGUGCUCAAGGGGAGGGCACCUUUGCCUUUAUUCCCAUCUUCUCUCACCCGAGUCUGAUUGACGUCCAUGGCCCAGAUGGUAUGAAUCACGCUGCUGCUUGGACGCUUCAAGAGAUUGAGCACGUCCCACUCAUCAACCUCAACCCUUUGAUCUCCU